GCUCCCGGCCGGGCCGCCGGUAGGCGGUGGCUGAGGCGGCGACGAGAUUGGCUGCCCAGCACCCCUGCCCCAGGACAGCAGGGCGGCUCCACGGCCCCCUUCCUCGUCCCGGACGCCCCGCUCCAGCUCCCCCUCGCUGAAGCGGGGACUCCCCGGGCGCAGCUGGGGACGUGGAACGUCGGCUGCAGAGCCGGCCCCUGGACUCACUGCCCCCAGCCCAGCCGCAGGCGCCCCAGCCCCCCGGCGGCUCAUUCCUCCUUCCGCGGGCACCGGCGCUGCCUGGCUCCUAGCGCUGCGCUCGCAACUGGAUAUGUUGAGGUGGCGACGCGACACUCCCCCGCCCUCGGGAGGGAUCACGGACUGGGGUGGGAGCUCAAACAGGCAACCCAGCCUGCAGAGCCGGGCGGCGGGGGCUGUGCUGGCGCCGGCAGGCGCGAGGAAUCACAGAGCGGGGCGCCCAGCCUCAUCAUGGGGCCCACGAAGACUUCCCAUGGGAGUGGGGUCUAGUGCAGGGGCGCCCCGAAGGACAAGUGGGAGAUGGGGACACGCGGCACAGAGAGACUCCUCGUGGAUGGAGCCGAUGGAGGCCCAGUGUGGAAGAGAAAGGGGUCAAGGAGACGAAUAAGGAGCCACCAGAGACGCAGAGGGAAUUCCCCCCAGAGGAUGCGGGAAGCCGGGGAAAGGAAGGGAAUCCGGAAGGAAGGGCUGACAGCCGGUCAGGUGCUGGCAGAAGGGCUGGUUGGAUAGAGACUGGGAAGGGCCCAGGGCAUUUGGCGUCCUCGACAUUCAUAUACACUUGGAGAGAUGAUUCCCUGGAGAUCCAAGUGCCUGUAUAGACAGUCUUUUCUAGGGUUUCUACCAUUAAGUGAGGAGAGGGUAGAUGUAGAAACUGGAGACGAGAAUAGAGUGUUGUAAAGGCAUGCGUGGUUAGAGAACUGGCUCUGGGUUCAGGAGUCCCCACUCACUAGCUGUGAGACUUUGAGCAAGUCACUUAGCCUCUCUGUGCCUCGGUUUUCUCAUCUCUAAAAUGGGGAUGAUGAUGGCAAUACCUGCUUCAUAGAGUGACAAUUAGAUGAGAUGAUGUCUGUAAAAUUACAUAACACAGCACCCAAAAGUAGUACUAGUUCUUUUUCCCUUUUCUUAUUAGAGCAGCUUGGGCACAUUUUGAUGUCCGUGGGAAUGAACAGGUAGAGAGGGUGGUAUUGAAGCCGGAGGGGAGAGAAGGGACCCACAGAUGGGGAGAGAAGUCUUCGGUGUCUGUUUUAUCCCAAACUCCAGGGGAAGGAGGGAACAGGUAGGGCUGUGGGAAAGUUUGCAGCUAUGGGGUACACAGUUAAAGGGAGUGUCUUCUCAUGGUCUUGAUGCAGGCCUGGAGGUCGUUUGCUAUGGGGGUGAAGGUCCUGAUGUACACUGUGGCUAUAAGAUGCCAUGCCCUCUUUGCCACCAGCCUGUGGCAGCCCCGGUGUUACACCAGGGUAGGUGGGCAGUUUAAUGUGUCUCAGGUCCGAUGACCUGCACUGCCCACCUGUGAGGCUGCAGUAGAUAGACGUGAAAACACAGUGUAAGAGUAAUGUACCACUUUCAUCCUUUUCUCUGAGGAGCUGGAAGACCUGUAGUCACCAUCUGAGCCAAAUGUCAAAGUCUUUCAAGUACUUCACUUGGGCUACACACCACACUUUGAUCCACGAUCUCAUUUAGUCAUCACAACAGUUGGGUGAAAUAGGUAUUAUUGUCCCAUUUUACAGAUGCAGAAUCUGAGUUUCAGAAAAGUUAAGGACUUUGUCCCAGGGCCCGCAGUUAGUAAGCGGUGGACCCAGGAUUUCAACUCAGCUCUGUCUGACCUCAAAACCCAUGAUCUGAAACCAAUGUGAAAGUUUGCAAAACCUCUGUAGCAGCCGAACUCGAUGGAAAGAUGUGAGGGAUCGUCUUCUCCAUUUAAUGGAUGAGACAAGAGCUGGGUACUCUGAUCUCCAUCAGAGAUCACGCGCACAGAGCUUGGGGCCCCACAGCCCUGGAGUGAAUCCCGCUCUACCACCAGAGGCUGUGUGCCUUUGGACCAGGCAUCUUGCUUCUCUGACCCUAUAUACAGCUGCAGAAGAAUUCCUUGCAGGUUGCUGUGAGGAUUUGGAGGGAAACUGUCGCCCAGCACACAGUACACAUGCCAGGAGCCAUCGUUUCUACGGUGCACUUUUCCUGCAAACGUGGAUCUGUGUCCCACUUAGCUGCUGAGACCAGCUACUGUGAUCUUGUAGUUGUUUAGUGCUUUGUUCUCCUUGAGGCAGCAAAGUGGUGGCACCUGACCGGAGCAUGUAGCCACCUAUGACUUCCUGAGUGGGGUGGUGCAGGGAGGGCCCUGAGGAGUCUGUGGUCCUAAGGCCUUGGAUUUCAUCAGGGCUUUCCUGUUCCUUCUGGUUGCCUCAGUCCCAGGCAAGAUAGGGUCCCAGAAUCUUACAGCCUAGAGGCCACCUGUUGCGACUUCUUUUUUACAGAUGGGGUUAUCAGAACCCACUGUGAGGAAGUGACUUCUCUUUGAGAUCAUCCAGACACUCCACACAGAGCAGAGCAAAAGUGCCUAGAACUUGAAAUUUUGGACUUGCCUUCAACACCCUGGGGAUUUCCACCAGGAAGCCUUCAGUCACCAUCCAGGGGAUUUUUAUCACCACAAAGGGUAAUUCCUGCUCCAUCCCUGCUGUGACUCAGCUGUGACGUUGAACCACACAAGCCAGAGAGAAGAAGAUAAAGUCAUCAGAGCUCCUACUCACCAGAGAGUGAGGCCCAGGCCAGGACUCCACAGGGCUGGUGCCCUGUCCUGAAGGAACUUAGACAGGCCUUCUGGCCAGCCUGGGACCCUGAGAUGGCAUCCAGCUCAGGCAGCAGCCCACACCUGGCCCCUGAUGAGAAUGAGUUCCCCUUUGGGUGCCCUCCCACCGUCUGCCAGGACCCAAAGGAGCCUAGGGCUCUCUGCUGCACAGGCUGUCUCUCUGAGAACCUGAGGAACAGCGAGGAUCAGAUCUGCCCCAAAUGCAGAGGGGAAGACCUCCAGUCUGUAAGCCCAGGAAGCCGUCUUCGAACUCUGGAGAGGGCUCAUCCUGAGGUGGCUGAGGCUGGAGUUGGGUGCCCCUUUGCAGGUGUCGGCUGCUCCUUCAAGGGAAGCCCACAGUCCGUGCAAGAGCAUGAGGUCACCUGCCAGACCUCCCACCUAAACCUGCUGUUGGGGUUCAUGAAACAGUGGAAGACCCGGCUGGGCUCUGGCCUGGAGUCUGGGCCCAUGGCCCUGGAGCAGAACCUGUCAGACCUGCAGCUGCAGGCAGCCGUGGAAGUGGCGGGGGACUUGGAGGUCGAUUGCUACCGGGCACCCUGCUCCGAGAGCCAGGAGGAGCUGGCCCUGCAGCACUUCAUGAAGGAGAAGCUUCUGGCUGAGCUGGAAGGGAAGCUGCGUGUGUUUGAGAACAUUGUUGCUGUCCUCAACAAGGAGGUGGAGGCCUCCCACCUGGCCCUGGCCACCUCCAUCCAUCAGAGCCAGCUGGACCGUGAGCGUAUCCUGAGCUUGGAGCAGAGGGUGGUGGAGCUGCAGCAGACCCUAGCCCAGAAAGACCAGGCCCUGGGCAAGCUGGAGCAGAGCUUGCGCCUCAUGGAGGAGGCCUCCUUCGAUGGCACCUUCCUGUGGAAGAUCACCAAUGUCACCAGGCGGUGCCAUGAGUCGGCCUGUGGCAGGACCGUCAGCCUCUUCUCCCCAGCCUUCUACACUGGCAAGUAUGGCUACAAGUUAUGCCUGCGGCUGUACCUGAAUGGAGAUGGCACUGGAAAGAGGACCCACCUGUCGCUUUUCAUCGUGAUCAUGAGAGGGGAGUAUGAUGCGUUGCUGCCGUGGCCUUUCCGGAACAAGGUCACCUUCAUGCUGCUGGACCAGAACAACCGUGAGCACGCCAUUGACGCCUUCCGGCCUGACCUAAGCUCGGCGUCCUUCCAGAGGCCCCAGAGUGAAACCAACGUGGCCAGUGGCUGCCCACUCUUCUUCCCCCUCAGCAAACUGCAGUCACCCAAGCACGCCUACGUGAAGGACGACACGAUGUUCCUCAAGUGCAUCGUGGAGACCAGCACUUAGGGUGGGCGGGGCUCCUGAGGGAGCUCCAACUCAGAUGGGAGCUGGCCAGAGGACUGUGAUGCCCUGCCCUUGGCACCCAAGACCCCAGGGCACAAAGAUGGGUGAAGGUUGGCACGAUCCGAGCAAGACUGAGGGGUCGACUUUGGGCUGGCCAUCCGGUUAGGAUGGCAGGACGUGGGCUGGGCCCACAAAGGCAAAGGGUCCAGAAGGAGACAGGCAGAGCUGUUCCCCUCUGCACGGACAAUGCAACACUGGGAGGCCAGGGAGCCACUCUGGCCCUGAAUGUUGAGGUGGACUGUCACCAAGAUGCGAAGAAAAUGGAACCAGGUCUGGAACCAUAGGACCCAAGCAAAGAAGCUCUCGAGCUGGGAAGAUCUCUGCAGGGCCACCAGAGAGACCUGGACACAGGCCUGCCCUUUUUGUCCAGGGUCAGAAACAGGACCGGGUGGAAGGGAUGGGGUGCCAGUGUGAAUGCAGUCUGUCCAGGCCUGGACUGAGUUCCCCAUCACUGGAGGUGAACAAGCAAACCCAGAGGGCUCUACUGAGACUUCAAAUUGGGGGUUGCAUUUGAAGACUUUUAAGAUUCCUUCCAGCCCAGAAAGUCUCUAAUUCUAGGCCUCCUGGCCCAGGCAAGUCCUAGAGCUACAGGGUUUCUGGAAACAUUCAGGAGUUUCCUGUCCUCCUGGCUCCUCACUCACCUUCAAUAACCCCUGCUGAACUGACCUGGCCCGCAGGGCACCUGCCACCCUGGGCCUGGCAGCUCAGCUUCCCCAACACGCAGGAGUACACCCAGCCCCCAAUCGCAAUAAUGGAGCACUAGUGCUUUUAUGUGCAAUGACAUCGUCCAUGCACAAUGGCAGCAAACAUUCUGGGGCUGCUUUUUCUUGUUCCCACCUGUGACAGUGUGGCAGCAGAGACUGUGGAGGCAGUGGAGACUGACUUCUUCCCGCUGGCAGCUGGACGUCACACAUGGAGGUCUGGCCUAGCGAGUGAUGGGUCUAGGCCCUGAAACUGAUGUCCUAGCAAUAACCUCUGGAUCCCUACUCACCGAGUGUUGAGCUCAAGGGGGAUUUGUAGAACAAACCCCCAUGAGAAACAGUUGUUACUCUACACUUUUGAUUGUCUAUUUCUGAUGGCAAGAGAUACAUACCCUCUUCAAAGAGCAUGAGAUGCCGCCAUUCUUUCAGCAAAGUUUCAUUGACACCUAGAUCUGUUAACUGUGUUCGACAUUGAAGGGAGAAAGGCAAGAUGUGCACUCUGGCCUCAAGAAACCCUUAGUUCAGUGGAGGAAAUGAGCACAUAAGAUCAUUAUGACAGAGUAAGAGAAGAUUAGAGAAAGCACAGAAUCCCAGCGGGUGAAGGAGGGAAGGCUUCAGGGAAGAAGUGGCAUUUAAACUCAGCCUGAGAAUAUUUUGAAAUGCAGAGGAUGGGGAAAAGGGAAGCGUACCGACAUGAAAAUGGGAAGCAGUCUUGGCUGAGGGCAGGGUCUGUGUGGCAGGAUGGAGGAGGGAGGCAGUAGGGUCAGAUGAACUGGAGUGUAGACAGCAUCAGACGCAGCAGUUCCCCUCCCCCUCCCCGGGAAAGCACCUCCUGGUAACCCCUGGGCCUACUGAAAGCAGGAUGAGACGAUAAUUGAAGAUGCUGAAUGAUUGAAUGAUUUCUCUUCCAACAAAGCUCUAUGUUAAGUG